CACCUCUUCGCCAGAUGUCAUCUGGGAGCGUUCCUGGCUCUUCUGGAGAGAACAUGAUUUACUAUCUCCUUGCUGGUGUUGCUGCUUUUGGUGGUUUAUUUUAUGCCUACAGAAUAGUCAGUUCAUCCCGCAGCAAGUAUAUUGAACAUAUGAAUAUUCUUCAUGAGAGAGCUGAAGGGCGGAAAAACAAACCUUGGUCAAGCAAGGGUGAUGAAGAAGAGACAGCUGAAGUCACUGAAGCAGAGACAGCCACGGAAGAGGCUGAUGCAGUAGCUGCUGCUGGACCUGCAGCGCAGGAUGAGAGUGCUGGGGUAUCCCCAGAAACUGGAGGGGAGAGUGACUUGCCGGCUCCAGAUGCAUCCCCUGCUGUGGAGGAAGCACAGCAGGAAGCUGCUACUAAUUUGGAAGUUACUGCUAAUUCAGAAGCUGCUGCAGUGCAAGAAACUGUGAGUGAAGUCUUGGAUAUUGCAGCUUCUUCUGCCCAUGAGGAACACUUAGACAGUGUCAAGGAAGAAGUAGCCUCAGCAGCUCAAGAGACUUCUGACACAUCCUCAAGGAGCCAGGACGUUGAUGCUGAGGAGUCGGGGCAAACUUCAGAAGCUUCCGUGGAGGAGAAGGCACCUGAAGAAGUUGCUAAGGAACCCUAA